ACAAAGUGACUUCGAAGAUGUGAUUAAGUUAAGGAUCUCAAUAUGGACUGAUUGUACUGGAUUAUCUGAGAGGUCCCAGGGUCCUUACAUAAAACAAGCAGGAACAGAGAAAGAAAUAAAGGAAAUGGAAGAAGAUGCUAUGCUGCUGGCUUUACAGCUCUUUUCACUUAUGGAUAUGAAACCUCCCAUCUCUAGAGCCAAGAUGAUUCUCAUUACUAAAGCUGCUAUAAAAGCUAUUAAGUGUAAACCAGAGUACAAGGUUCCAGGAUUAUAUGUAAUUGACUCAAUUGUGCGACAGUCUCGUCAUCAAUUUGGAACUGAUAAAGAUGUUUUUGGGCCAAGAUUCUCUAAAAACAUAACUGCCACAUUCCAAUAUUUAUAUCUUUGUCCAUCUGAAGAUAAGGUAUAUGAUCUUUGCUCACCUCCACCUCCAGUCAAAGUUUCUUCUGAACCCCCACAAACCACCCCAAACUCCAUACCUGCAGUACCACAGUUGCCCAGCUCUGAUGCUUUUGCUGCUGUGGCUCAACUGUUUCAGACAACUCAAGGCCAACAGCUUCAGCAGAUCCUUCAGACUUUUCAACAACCUCCAAAACCACAGUCUCCCGCUCUUGACAAUGCUGUGAUGGCUCAGGUUCAGGCUAUCACGGCUCAGUUAAAGACAGCUCCUACACAACCACCUGAACAAAAAGCUGCUUUCCCCCCACCUGAACAAAAAACUGCAUUUGACAAGAAGCUGCUUGAUAGAUUUGAUUAUGAUGAUGAGCCAGAAGCUGUGGAAGAAUCAAAGAAAGAAGAUGCUGCCGUCACCACUGCAGUACCUGUUCCUGCUGUUCCUCCUGCAUCUUCUGUAGCCACACCUGCUACUGCUGCUGCUGCACCCGCUGCUGCUGCACCCACUGCCACCUCACCACCUCCCCCACAGACAACAUUUGGAUUUCCUGGAGAUGGCAUGCAGCAGCCCGCUUAUACACAACAUCCAAAUAUGGAUCAGUUUCCACCUCGAAUGAUGGGAAUGCAACAAGAUCCAGUACACCAUCAGGUUCCACUUCCUCCUAAUGGACAAAUGCCAGGAUAUGGACUUCUUCCUACACCUCCAUUUCCUCCCAUGGCUCAGCCUGUGAUUCCUCCAACUCCACCAGUACAGCAGACUUUCCAACCUCCUUUUCAGGCACAAAAUGAACCACUUACACAGAAGCCACAUCAGCAGGAAAUGGAAGUGGAACAGCCUUGUAUUCCAGAAGUUAAGCGGCAUAUGUCUGAUAGCAGAAAGUCAAGAUCUAGGUCAGCAUCCAGGUCACCAAAAAGGAGACGAUCUAGAUCUGGUUCUAGAUCUCGAAGGUCUCGUCAUCGACGUUCCCGAUCACGGUCCAGGGAUAGACGCCGACAUUCUCCUCGAUCUCGAUCCCAAGAAAGGCGUGAUCGAGAAAAAGAGAGGGAACGGAGACAAAAAGGCCUGCCGCAAAUCAAACCAGAAACUGCAAGUGUUUGCAGUACUACACUCUGGGUGGGACAGCUGGACAAAAGGACUACUCAACAGGACGUUGCCAGUCUAUUGGAAGAGUUUGGUCCCAUUGAAUCAAUUAAUAUGAUUCCUCCCAGGGGCUGUGCCUAUAUUGUUAUGGUUCAUAGGCAAGAUGCUUAUCGUGCCCUGCAGAAACUGAGCCGUGGAAACUAUAAAGUAAAUCAAAAAUCCAUAAAGAUUGCCUGGGCCUUAAACAAAGGAAUAAAAGCAGAUUACAAGCAGUAUUGGGAUGUAGAACUUGGCGUUACCUAUAUUCCAUGGGACAAAGUCAAGCCUGAGGAACUGGAGAGUUUUUGUGAAGGAGGAAUGUUGGACAGUGAUACACUUAACCCAGAUUGGAAAGGAAUUCCCAAGAAGCCUGAAAAUGAAGUUGCUCAAAAUGGAGGUGCAGAAAGCUCACAUACAGAACCAGUAUCACCCAUACCUAAACCUUUACCUGUGCCUGUACCUCCUAUUCCUGUUCCUGCACCUAUAACAGUGCCACCUCCACAGGUCCCACCACAUCAGCCGGGUCCUCCUGUAGUUGGUGCUCUCCAGCCACCCACAUUCACACCUCCUUUGGGAAUUCCCCCUCCAGGUUUUGGUCCUGGUGUUCCUCCACCACCUCCUCCACCACCAUUUUUGCGCCCAGGAUUCAAUCCAAUGCAUCUACCACCAGGUUUUCUUCCUCCUGGACCCCCACCUCCUAUAACUCCACCAGUAUCCAUUCCUCCUCCUCACACUCCACCAAUAAGCAUCCCAAACUCUACUAUCGCUGGUAUAAAUGAAGACACUACAAAAGACUUAUCUAUUGGAAAUCCCAUUCCAACAGUGGUGUCUGGGGCUAGAGGAAAUGCCGAGUCUGGUGACAGUGUGAAAAUGUAUGGCUCUGCUGUGCCACCUGCUGCACCCACGAAUCUGCCUACCCCUCCUGUAACCCAGCCUGUUUCACUUCUUGGCACUCAAGGAGUCACUCCUGGUCCUGUAAUCGGGCUCCAGGCACCAUCUACUGGUCUUCUGGGUGCACGACCUGGCCUCAUCCCACUCCAGCGCCCUCCAGGAAUGCCUCCACCUCAUUUACAGAGAUUCCCUCUGAUGCCACCCCGCCCCAUGCCACCGCACAUGAUGCACAGAGGUCCACCACCAGGACCAGGGGGCUUUGCAAUGCCUCCACCACAUGGAAUGAAAGGGCCCUUCCCACCACAUGGCCCUUUUGUUAGGCCUGGUGGAAUGCCAGGGUUGGGGGGCCCGGGGCCAGGCCCAGGGGGUCCCGAAGACAGAGAUGGAAGACAGCAACAAUCGCAGCCACAGCCACAGCAGCCACCUCCACCACAGCCACAGCCGCAGCAGCCACCACCAUCACAGCAACCACCACCAGCCCAGCAGCAGCCACAGCAGUUUAGAAAUGAUAGCAGGCAGCAGUUCAAUUCAGGUAGAGACCAAGAAAGGUUUGGAAGAAGAUCUUUCGGAAAUAGGGUGGAAAAUGACCGGGAACGGUAUGGGAACCGUAAUGAUGAUAGAGAUAAUAGUAAUCGUGAAAGGAGAGAGUGGGGAAGAAGGAGCCCUGACCGGGACAGGCACAGAGACUUGGAAGAGAGAAAUAGACGCUCUAGUGGGCAUCGAGACAGAGAGAGAGAUUCUAGAGAUAGAGAGUCUCGUAGAGAGAAGGAAGAAAACCGAGGAAAGGAAAAGCCUGAGGUGACAGACAGGGCAGGUGGUAACAAAACCGUUGAACCUCCCAUUAGCCAAGUUGGAAAUGUAGACACUGUUUCAGAACUCGCUAAGGGGGAGGCCGAGGCCACAGUGGUGAAACCUUCCGAAGAGUUACCUGCUGAGGCUACCUCAUCCGUUGAACCCGAAAAGGAUUCUGGCUCAGCAGCAGAGGCUCCUCGUUAGAGACUGGAAUUUGUCCCAAUGUGACAGUGACACUUCUGGAGUGUAGAGCUUGAGGUGUACAGAUGCUGUAUUAUAUUUGCUCCUGCUAUAUCACAGCCCCGCAGUAGUUGGUGGGGAAUUGUAAAGCAAUUUGAUUGCUUCCCUUCUAUUUAAAAAUAGCCACAAAAUAACAAAAAAUACUGAAGAUAUGAAUAAAUAUUACCCUUUUUGCUGUAACUUUUUAAAAGUUUUGACUUUAAAAAGUUUACAAAUCGUAAUUAGAAGUGCUCUCUAUUUUUUUUUUUUUUUAAUUUAAGACAAGGUAACGGUGAAAGCUCCUCAAAACAAUAGGGAUGUUUUUAAUAAACUCUAUUUUCGUAACAAACUUUAAUGUGUGCUAUUCUUCCUACACUGCAUUAAGGUAGAAAAGGAUUGUUCACCAUCAAAGUUUGAGCUCUUAUGUAUUGGAGUCUAAAUUAGACUUGUUUGAUGGAAAUACAAUUUUAUGUAGUUACUCUCAAACACUAUCAUUUGUAAUUUUUUUGAUUUUUAGCAUUUUAAUCAUAAGUUUAGCGGUUUGUUAUUUGAAAAACUUGUGUUUGCAGUUCAAUCAAGGUUUUUGGUUUUUUUUCCAUUGGCUUUGUGGUAAUGUCCUAAUUAAUUUGUAAAAACAUUUUAUUUGGGGAGAAAUUGAUUCCCAAAUCAUAAAAUUGUACCAUAAAAUUAUCUGUUUACCUUGGAUAUUACUUAGGUUUUUUUUUUAAUCAUCCCAUUAAAUUUUUCCAAAAAGGUAAAAUGAAAUCAAGGUUAACAUUUGCAACCUGAAAGCUUUUGUCUUAUUUUAUAUAAGGACUUAAAUGCAACCUAUUGUUUCUUAUAAGCCUUGCCUGUUGCCUUUCUUUACUGUUUUAAUUUCCCUGUUGCUCAAACGUUAGACUGAAUUUUUUGCCACAUAGUGUUUUAUCUCUUUUGCUUAUAACUGUUGGGCUAACUGGGAAAAUGAAUUUAAGUUAUUCAAGAAGUAUCACUUGAAAAUAUUUGAAACCAAAACAAGCCUUCAUAAGAAGUACACAAAAGCAGUAACAUGAAACUGCUUACCCAGUCCUCCUGAAUUCUUAUACUCUCCUAGUUUCCUAGUGCUGAGUAGGUGACUUUGUUUAUCUGCAUCCUCAGUGAAACUACAUUAUUUUACUACUUCUCAGAUCUGUAUUGAUAAGGAUAAUGUAUUUAGGACAGCCUUCUGCCCCUGCCUUUGGAAAAAUCCAUUUCAUAUCUGUAAACUUCAAUUACAAAACUUUUCUUUAGUUUUGUGUUGCUCCAACUUAGGAAGUUUUGAAGCACUAACUGAAACUCCUUCCAGAUUUCAAGGACUUCAGUGUUCCUGAUUCCAGUUUAAGCUUCUACUUCCAGUUCAAAGUAGUUUAGACACCACCCCAUUUGAACAUUAAAACAAAAGCAAAAAUA